AUGGGCUGGAGUGAACUGGUCGUGCAACUACUAUACUGGGCGGGCACACUGGCCUGUAAUGGGGUUGCAGUGAAAGACCUGUCCGACGCUGGUUCGCGAGCCGCUUCGCUUGCGCUUCUCCAGUUCGCACUCUUACUUGGGGGGUCCCGGUUACAUUUGGUGGCAGAUAUGUUGGGAGUGAGUCUCGGGAUGCUCGUCCGCAUCCACAAAACGGCCGGCUGGAUGGCUGCCCUGCAGAGUGGGAUACAUAUUGCUAUUGUUUCUGCUUGCUUGGGAGUCUUGAUCCUUACUUCUUUGAAGCCGGUAAGACAGUAUGUGUAUGAGCUGUUUAUAAAGCUGCACUACGGCCUUGCUGUUUGCAACCUUGUAUUUUUGUGGCUUCACGUGCGCCAGGUUUCCUCCACUUCCCCAUUUUGGAAGCCCAGUUUCACAGUUGGCUGCCUUGAGGUGACGUCGAUAUUGAUGGCUGCAACUACCCUCUGGCAGAUCGGACGAAUUCUCUGUUAUAACUUUGCCCCAGGAAAGACCCUACCCAUUGCCAGAAUCCACCAGUGGGAACAAGGCAAUAAAUCCCCCGACGUAAUUAAGGUUUGUGUGCUAUUGCCUCGAGGAUGGAAUGUUCGCGCUGGCCAGACGGUCUACCUGUACCUCAAGACAAUGAAAUUCUGGACAUUUCCGGAGGCGCAUCCAUUCUCCAUCACCUGGUGGCAGGAUCCUGGACAUAUGCCUGGCAUUCCAAGGCCCUUGAAAGACAAGGCCCCUCAAAGCACCAAUAGCUCCGAGAUUGGCAAGGCUUCCAAAGAGGCGAGAUACAGGCCUCUGGACGACCGAGCCGCCGAAGACAUCAGGCAAUUUGGACGGUACGAGAAGACUACAGGAAAGGAAACAGAUGCCGCGUUCACAGAACAUGAUGAUUUGGGAUCGUUUGCAAUAUGGUUGCUUGUCCGACCAGACCGGGGUUUAACCGGUGAUAUUGCCAGCUACCGCUCUUUAACAGAGCUAGGGGUUAUCGUCGACGGGCCAUACGGUGGCCAGCAGAGACUCGAUCGCUAUGGCCAUGUUGUUAUGUUCGCGCAGGGAAUUGGUAUUGCCGCUCAAAUGUCAUAUAUAAGGGCUCUCUUUUACGGUUCCUUAAACGGCGAGCUACCAACCCGGCGGAUCUGCCUUUUAUGGGAGACUCGCGAGAAGGACUUGAUCAUUGUGCAGAAGUGGAUGACGAAACUACUGACCGAAGAUCAUGACAACUAUAACAGAACCCUGAUGUUGGACAUCCAGCUGUAUAUUCUUGAUCAAAAGGAUGGUCUGCGAUAUGGCCGACGUGUGAAGACAUUUGCCGGUCCGGUAGAUAUAAAGGAUGUAAUGAGAGGAGAGCUAGAACGUCGUCGCGGGAGAAUGUUAGUCACUGUUUCUGCUAGCGAGAAGUUUGCCGACGAGCUUCAGCGUCACAUGCUCGAGCUAAUGGAUGAAGGGUUUAAGAACGACGAUGUGGAGUUGCUAUACCUGGACUUUCAACCUCAGCAACCUCACAAGGUGCCCCCAAGUGAGGGAAAGGGUGCUGUGAUUGUUAGCGUAUAG